AUGGCACAUUCAGAUCGCCAAUGUACAAACGCAGCGCAAACUGCAUUGUCAGAUGCUGUUGAGUCGGCACGGAAGCACAACAACGGUUUUGUCGAUCCCGCGCAUCUUGCGCUUGUAUUGUUUAAGAAUGAAGAUGGACUUGCUUCACGUGUAUUGCGUAAACUCAAUGCGGGUACGGUGCUGGAGCCACUCGCCGCACGAGUUGGUGCACUUCCGGAGCAGAGGCCCGCGCCCGCGGUUCCAUCACCUUCUCCAGCGAUGGUGGUUGUGCUCAACACCGCAGAGCAGAAGCGAAUAGAGUGGGGUGACUCACUUAUUGCUGUUGAUCAUCUUCUUAUUGGGUUGUUUGAAUGUAAGGAAGUUGAGGCCAUCAUGAAGGCCGCACACGCGUCGAAGAAAGCCGUUGAAGGUGCGCUUCUGGAGUUACGCAAAGGAAAGAAGGUUACAUCCGAAUUCCAGGAGGAAAACUACCAAGCUCUUGAAAAAUACGCAACCGACUUGUGUAAACUGGCGGAGGAGGGGAAACUUGAUCCAGUGAUUGGGCGGACUGAUGAGGUUCUGCGCACAAUACGCGUUCUAUCGAGACGAACAAAAAACAACCCAAUUCUGAUUGGUGAGCCCGGUGUCGGCAAGACUGCGAUCGCGGAGGGAAUUGCGCAGCGGAUUGUACGUGGGGACGUGCCGGACACCUUGUUGAAUACACGUUUGUUUUCCCUUGACCUCGGCGCCCUUAUCGCUGGAAGCUCGCUUCGGGGCGAGUUUGAGGAGCGUCUCAAGAGUGUGCUAAACGAAGUGAAGGAGAGCUCCAAUGGAGUUAUUUUGUUUAUUGAUGAGAUUCACCUCGUCCUCGGGGCAGGGAAGUCCGGUGGCUCGAUGGAUGCCGCAAAUUUGCUGAAACCAAUGCUCGCACGUGGAGAACUUCGUACUAUUGGAGCGACUACACUGGAGGAGUAUCGCACAUAUGUCGAGAAGGAUGCCGCAUUUGAGAGGCGCUUCAUGCCUGUGUAUGUUACAGAGCCCAGUGUUGAAGAGUGCAUCAGCAUCCUUCGUGGCCUAAAGGACCGGUAUGAGGCACACCACGGUGUUCAAAUUACUGACAAUGCGGUUGUUGUUGCAGCACAGCUGGCGAACCGUUACAUCACAAACCGCUUCAUGCCUGACAAGGCCAUCGACCUCAUUGAUGAAGCGUGUGCCAAUGUGAGGGUGCAGCUUUCAUCGCGGCCGGAGGCGAUUGACAUCCUUGAGCGCAAGAAACGCCAGCUGGAGAUUGAGGCGAAGGCUCUCGAACGUGACAAGGAAGCUGCUUCACGGGAGCGACUAAAACUUGUGAAGGCGGAUAUACAGCGCGUUGAGGAGGAGUUGCAACCACUUGUCAGCAAGUAUAAUGAUGAGCGUCAACGUAUUGAUGAGCUUCAGGAGAUGCAGUCGCGUCUUGAUGAGAAGAAGAACAAACUGGAGCGCGCUGUGCGUGAUGGCAAAAUGGACUUGGCUGCAGACCUCCAGUACAAUGUCAUCCCCCUGAUUCAGGACCGCAUUCGGUCGUUGAAGGAGGACAUUGAAAGACAGAAGGCCACAUUGGUGCAGGAAAAGGUUACUGAAGGUGACGUCGCCGCUGUGGUUGCCCGCUGGACCGGCAUCCCUGUGGUUAAAUUGAGUCAGACGGAUCGGGAACGGCUAUUGAACCUUUCCAUGCAUCUCCACCGACGCGUGAAGGGACAAGAUGAGGCGGUUGAGCGGGUUGCCGAUGCUAUUAUUCGUGCUCGUGCGGGCCUGUCGCGGCCCAACUCCCCAACUGCCUCGUUUCUAUUCCUUGGACCCACGGGUGUUGGAAAGACAGAACUGGUUAAAGCCGUUGCUGCCGAGUUGUUUGACGACGAAAAGCAUAUGGUACGCAUUGACAUGAGCGAGUAUAUGGAGCAACAUUCGGUGUCACGGUUGAUUGGUGCACCACCUGGUUACAUUGGCCAUGACGAGGGCGGACAGUUGACGGAACCAGUGCGGCGGCGCCCUCACGCCGUUGUGUUGUUUGAUGAGGUGGAAAAGGCACAUCCAAAUGUGUACAAUGUGCUACUGCAAGUACUGGAUGAUGGCCGCUUGACUGACUCGCGUGGACGGACGGUGGACUUCAGCAACACCAUCAUCGUCAUGACAUCUAACCUCGGCUCUGAGCACCUCUUGAACCCUGAGGAGACGAAUGAAUCUUAUGAGGUACUGCGUGAGAAUGUGUUGGCUGCCGUGCGGUCUUACUUCCGACCUGAGCUCAUCAAUCGCUUGGAUGAUAUUGUUGUGUUCCGAAGACUUCGUACAGAAGACCUGCGGGGUGUCGUUGACAAUCUUAUCGCUGGCGUUAACGAGCGUCUCAAAUCCAGUGGGUUUUCUGUUUUGCUGGAUGAUGGUGUGAAGGAUUUCAUUUUGGAGCAUGGCCACGAUGCCAAUAUGGGCGCUCGCCCGCUACGCCGUUGGAUCGAAAAGAACAUCGUCACUGAAAUCGGCCGCAUGCUCAUCGCGAAGGAGCUGCCACCAAACAGCACUUUACGAGUUUCACUUCCUGAAGGUGGGAACAAACUGACGUUUGGUGUGAAACGGGGGCUUACCAGUGACGAAUGGGAAUAA